CUCCAUUGUUGGGCCUCCAGUGGCCUGUAUGUUUUGCCGCGCCGCCUCUCCGCCGCAGGCCAGAAAGACCAGGAAAGAGCAGUCUAUAAUUUUAGUGAUCUUUGAUUUUUCAAUCUCUUUUCCGUGUGAGUACGGCGUGUUGUCAGCGUCGAAAGCCCUCGGGUCGCUGGGCUGAGUGCAUUCUAUCGACCGCCAUAGCCAUUGCAAGCAAGCAGCCAUGGCGGACUCCAAGACGUGUACUAUUCGCACAAGGAAAUUCAUGACCAACCGGCUUCUCCAGCGGAAGCAAUUCGUUAUCGAUGUGCUGCACCCAGGGCGACCCACGGUACCGAAGGCUGAGGUUAAAGACAAGCUUUCCCGGCUGUACGAUGUGAGGGACCCGCAGUCGAUUUUUGUUUUCGGAUUCCGAACCCAGUUUGGUGGAGGGAAGACGACAGGCUUCGGUCUGAUCUACGACAAUGUGGAGUCAGCGAAGAAGUUUGAGCCCAAGUACAGAUUGGUCAGGAAUGGUUUGGCCACGAGAGUCGAGAAGAGUCGCAAGCAAGUUAAGGAAAGGAAGAACAGGGCGAAGAAGAUCCGUGGAGUGAAGAAGGUCAAGUCUGCUGCUGAUGCCAAGAAGAAGUAAGCGACUGCGAAAUGACGGAAGAAAUUGCGGCGAAAUUUCUAGUAGCAGCAGUUGUGUCCUCGCUUUUGCCUGUGUUCGUUGAACCCCGGAAUUGGGGUUUGGGUUACCCUUUCCAGAGAGUCAAAUGCGGAGAAAUGCCAUAAUGAACGUGGAUGGGAACGGGAUUUGCGGUGAUGAACGGGUUUGCGAGAGGAGUUGUGCCCGUGUCUCUCGCUCGCUUGUCUUUCUCUUUCUCUCUCCAAGUCUCUGUCGGGUCACAUGGUCGAGUGCUCGGAUUUCACCCACCCGGAGGGGGAAGGAUUUUGGAAGUCGAUUUUUGUAAAGUGGAAGAGUAUUAUUCCUGUUGAGCUGAUCAAUGGAAAGAGGUUCGCAUUUUUAAGCGUGCCGCUUGCUCGGACUAAACGGGUGCCAAAUCUUGACGAUGUCGGUUGAGUUUUUGUUAAUUCCCUGGCCGUGUGCGACGUGUCGUGUCCCUACUUGGUUCUCAUUGUUGUCAUCACUUCACGUUUUUUAUGCUCGUUGUUUUUUUAAAGGAUUUCGAUAUUGAAAUGCUUGGUGAACGCAGGCGCACUGAAGCUCUCAUCUGAUUGUACUCUGCGUGUUCGUGGACAGUGCUCGGUGUAUGAUGGAUGGAGUAAAGAGUGUCGGGAAAUGGUAGACUGGGUGAUGUGUUUGCGAGGUCGUUUUCAUCUCAAUGUGUUUGCGAGGGAACAUAUUCAGCACAUAUUUGAAUGUGUUUGCGAGGGAACACAUUCAGCAAACAUAAUGCGGUCGCAGAUGACGAAAGCGGUCCGCCGCACAGGGUUUGCAGGUGUGUCUGGAGGGCAGUGAACAACAGAUGGGGGUUGCUGGCGGGCCGAGAGGUGAAGGAAUCGUCGGUUUAUUUCUAGGGAUCCUACUGUAGCGUGGUCAAGAUCCACGAACCUUUGUGCGCGUGUGUGAGAGAGAGAGAGAGAGAGAGGGAAUGAGAGCGUGUGCAUUCCACGAACCUGUGUGCUUGUGUGAGUGAGAGAGAGAGAGAGAGAGAGCGUGUGCAUUGUAAGAAAACGUCCACUAUACGGACUGUUUGGUACCUAUGCCGUUAUUUAGAGAGAGAGAGAGAGAGCGUGUGCAUUGUAAGAAAACGUCCACUAUCCGGACUGUUUGGUACCUAUGCCGUUAUUUAGAUCAUGGACGCGUGCCAACACAUCAAGAAACAGGACCCAAUGUUUGCGAUUUUGGUCAUAAGCCUUUUUUUUUCUAAGUAAGAACGUAAUUAGGUUUGAGGUAAUGAAUCGAGCAAUGCCAC